CACAGGCGACUGUGUUCAUCCGCCGGCCAGAACCAUGCAGACAGCCGUCGUCCUGUGCCUGCUGGUGGCGCUCUGCAGCGCUGCCCCCUCCACGAGGUCCCACUUGCCCAGACCGCGCCUCGAUGGCCGCAUCGUGGGCGGCGAGGCCGUAGACAUCUCGCAGUACCCCUGGCAGCUGUCGCUGCAGAAGCUGGGCUCCCACAGCUGCGGCGCCUCCAUCAUCAGCUCCACCUGGGCGCUGACGGCGGCCCACUGUAUCGAGGGCUCCUUCGUCAACUUCGUGUCCCUCAGGGCCGGAACUUCCACCCGCGGAAGCGGCGGAACUGUGUACGAUGCUGCCGACGGAUAUUACCACGGGGAUUACGACUCCGAUACCACUGACUACGACGUCGGCGUCAUCCAGAUUGACGGAUCAUUCACCUUCGAUUCCAACGUUCAGGCAGUGAGUCUCGGCACGACGGAGCCAUCUGCAGGCACAGCGGUGACCAUCACGGGCUGGGGCGCCUUGUCCUCCGGAGGCUCCUCCCCCAUACAGCUGCAGGCGGUCACCACGUCCAUCGUGGCUCGUGCCUCCUGUAACUCUGCCUACGGCGGCGAGAUCACGCAGCGCAUGAUCUGCGCAGGCGAAGACGAGGGCGGCAAGGACUCGUGCCAGGGCGACAGCGGUGGACCACUGGUGGAAGGAUCCACCCAGUACGGUAUCGUCUCCUGGGGAAGAGGAUGCGCUGAGGCCGGCUACCCUGGCGUCUACUCUAAUGUGGCCAACUUGCAUUCCUGGAUAACACAAGUCACUGGCGUGUAACAAGCCAUCCAGCCGUAAAUGAAUAAAUUAUUCUUAAUUGUAACAUAAGAUCAUGAGAAUAAAACGUUUCUUCUGUUA